UGCAAACUUUCUAAACCUACUCAAUGGUAAAUCGCUUUGACACUACUCUCAGUACACUCUGGAUGUGCUGAUGUUUGAGGUCUCCGGUACCUUCCAGAGCAUCUUCCCGAGCUCCCAAUCCCGAGUAUCUUCCAGCGAUGCGUGACAUGAAAUCCGCCAAAACUCUUAAAGAUCCUCAUGAGGACCAAAAAUUAAAUCCUAAUGGACUGAACCUGAUUGUAAAAUAUGCCGAUCGGCCCAAACUUCACGCGGACAAUGAGACAGUGGAGGUGCACAUUCCGCCGGGCACUUCAAAAUCGUGGCCUGAUCCGCCUGCGGUAACUGUUGGUGACCUCCAGAUCACACUGAAGUCAGUGCAGGACAUCUGGAAAAUCGAUGGUCGACUCAAGAACUCGGCAAAGGAAAGUUGUCAAUUCGUUCUUCACGUUGAUGACUCAAAAGUGACUGUUUCGACUAUUGAUGUUGCCAUUGAAAAGUUUUUCUUAACCGCACUGUCGAUCACUACGAGAGGAAUCGUGCGAGGGAAUUAUCUGGCUUUUCGUUCUACGGACGGCUCCGUACGGAUCGAGAAAGCGGUCCACUGCAGCAGCCUGGCCGUGCAUGGGGGAGACCAUAAUGUACGACUGACAACCGAAAGCAUCGUCGACUGUGAACAUUUCACGGUUUCCGGCAAGAAAUUAGUGAUCGAUGGCAGACUGUUCUCGAAAACCAAGCACAUUGAGCUCGAUGUCACAGUCGACCAGUGUCACAUCGGCGUGGACGGCGCAAUCGGCUCCAAAAAGGACAAUGCGUUGAACCAGAAAAAAAGAAAAGAUGUCCUGGUUAACACUAUAAGAGGGACAAUUCGGGGACACAUCAGUAACUUCGGCACCGUUGUGGCCCGCGAAGAAAUUCAACUCAAAAUAAUCGGGAGCAUCUUGUCAUUGGUAAAUAACAUUGAUGAUUCAGCGCACCGAGGCUACCAAGCAAUUAAGAAUCUGAAACGGGUGGGAGCACCUGCGGACUCAUCAAUGCAGCUUACCAGCAGCGCAUUGCUGGGAGCUAUCACCGAGGAAAGCCCGGAAAAGGUCGCCAACCUGUUGGAGAAGUUCGUCGAUCCUAAUGAGGCCAUGAUCGAUCAGCGGACACAUAACUUGGUAACACCGGCGCUAGCCAUACGGAAAUGGUUCAGACAGUUGCGAGGCGAGGCACAAAGACCGGACCGACCGGAAAAGAUCACGACCAUUAAAGCGCUUUUCGAAACUAUGGACUGGAGACGCGGAAAUUUUAAAUCACAGAAUCUUGAUCUGGCGAUUGACGGAGACCUGUUUGACUGUGCGCAGUUGAAAGCAACAACGAGCUUAAAGGUGACAGUUACUGGAACUGCCGUGUGCGAGCGCGAUUCAAUCUGGUCGACUGGUGGUGUUACGGAUAUGUCUAUAGGAAAAAAUUUGGUUCUACACGGACAAGUGAAAUUUAAUAAAGCGAUCAUGAAGGUCAACGAGGAUGUCCUGUGCAAAUCGACCGCAGUAGUGGCCGUUACCGACCACGCCAAAGUCUGCGGUAAUAAUUUUUGGUGUUCAGGACAGUGGUUUACGGACGAAGCGCUGCAAUUACAACUGAAGGACUCUGCAAUUUUUCACCCCGAGUCCUUUCUGUUUGCCGGCAUGCUACGUAUGGAAGCAAAACAUCAAUGUGAAAUCUUCAGCCAGUGGAUGGUGAAUGAAAUGGAUAUUUACAUCGGCAACUCGUUUUUGAUCGGACCGCAGGCCACUGUAAAAAUUAAAGAGAACGGAUCAGUUGUUUGUAAGCAUUACCGAAACGAGAGCCAUUUGGCUAUUGGGAAGGAUAUGCAGAUCGUAACGGAAAAGUUAGAGCAAGCCAAGAUCGGUGUUACGCUAGUUGCCAAUCAGUUCACGGCUACAGUUCUUGCUGAUUCGGAUGAGAACUGGGAUGGUUUGACUGUUACUGGCUCGUUACUCGUUAAAAUGACUCAUCGGCUCAACAGCCAUGGACUGAUCAAAACCAAACUUGCCACCGUGCAUUUAUUUUCUGAAACUGAGUCUCAUUUUGUCCUAAGCGGCGAAAUGUCUGUGGACAGCGGACCAUUAAUGCUCAUCGUCCAGAAGGAAAAACAACCGACACUUGACAAUUUUAACCCAUAUCCGGGAUUUAUCGUUCGGGGAAUAUUGGCAGCGAGCGAACUACGGAUUGUUUGCAACAGCAUCAUCGAGAACAGCGGGACCAUCAUGGCGCAAAGCUUACUCUCCCUUUUGACAAUCGGAAUCGACAACGGAAAGGGUCUUUUGCAUGCACCCGAUAUUUCCCUGGAAUAUCUCUGCAAUCCGAAUACUGAACUUUCUGGAACGGUCAGCGCACCCUUUAAUCUGCUGAUCAAUGCUGCCAAUGCCACGGAUUUUCAGUUGGCUUGCACUUCGCCGGAUAGUGAGGCCUUGAUACUUCCAGAAAAGCAGUUCUUAAUUAAAUCGUCAGACUUCUCAAGAAUAAAGACUCCGAUCCAAUGGAACACGGCGACACAACCGGCUACGACAUUCAUUUUCGACGGGCAGGUCAUUAUCGAUGCGGCGGUUAGCCUAGCCAGCUGCAAAGUAAAGGUCAUCAGGAAAGAAUCUAACCGUACUACCGAAAACCUUGUUCCAACGAUUAUUGUAACUGCGCAUGGGUCGUUGCUGAUUCCCAGGUUUAACGUAACCGGCACCAGAGAACUCGUGGAAUUUGUCAUGGACGGCUCGACGGAUGUGACCUACUUGCGCGUCGCCGAGACUGUUGAAUCAUUUGCUUUAAAGGGUACUGGUUCACUUCAGUCGCUCGCACAUAUAAUGGCAAAGUGUGGCUCUCUGCACUUUGGAACACUGACGAAUUUCCGCACAGACGAUAUCGACUGCCAGUCUGCCAUUAUUCUCAAAGAUGCCGUAGUAACGAUGGACAGCAUCGAGCGAGAAGCCACUGUGUUUUUAUCAACGCAAACCGUUAAUGUUGUUGGUACAGUCAACAUUAAACGUAAACUGUUCCUGUCUGCAGCAGAUGAGACCAAACAGCCGGCCGUAACUGUCGAAGGCACUAUUGAAGGAACGGAAAAGAAUGCGUCCGCCAUUUUGCGAGUGGACAAGUUGUUUGUAUCGGGGACCAUCGGAAAACUACAACUUUGUCAGGUAAUAGCUCGAGACAAUUUUGAGCUGCUGCCGACCGGAAAAUUUCAGGCAAUCGAAAACCUUGAAGCGGACGGAGAAUGGAUGACAUGGAAAGGUCAAGUCAGUCACUGCAAGAAACUCUCACUAACUGGAUGGGGAUUGCUAUGUACCGGGCGACUGAACGAAGCCAUCGACGAAAUUUCCAUUCACUCGAAUUUAGUGUUCGCCAAUAUUGGUCAAUUAGGAGCACCGCUGAUGACCUUUGCGUCGCCUUUUAUUUUUAAUAUUUCAUUGACCGGCGAUACCGCUGCAAUGGGAAGCAAUCCUAAACAAGGAGUGCUGGACAUAAAGUCGCUUGUGUGCCUUUGCUCGGGAAGCCAGAUGUCAGCCGAAAGCAUCCAGAAUGGAUCGGUACUGUUAUUCAAAUUUAGUACACUAACCCAAGCGGAAACUCCGAGUAAGGAUCAGCUGGAGAACUGGAAGAAAACCGUUGACGCCUUGAAUCAAAAUUUUACAUUGGGAUCAUCUGCCUCGCUGGACGAUAUCCAGCGAUCGAUCCAAUCAGUUUCGGCUUCAACGGGACGGACAGAAAUCGAGUUGCGGGAUGUUGUGAAAUUGUACGCAGGAACCCGGGAAAUUGUUAACAAAAUGAACACCAGCGGUAUUCAGACGUUUGACGUACCGGAACUAGUCGGAAAACUGAUGGAAGCCAAUAGCUAUUUCCAGAACAUUUCAUCUAUUAAAGGGCGAUUGCUACAGGUACCAAAGCUGGCCCGGGAAUUGUACAACAAGGGUAUUAGAAAACUCAAAUCACUCCACGAGCAAUUCGGGUUUACUGGGAUUAAAGCGGGGGAACCAACGAAAAAGGGAGUGCAGGAAAGUGGAAUGUGGGCUUAUCAUUCCGGUGUCAUGACGACAGGAGCGGGAUAUACGGCUUUGUUCGUUGAAUCGUGGGUGAAUGACGGAACUGUGUCGUCCAGCGCUGGAGAUAUUGCCAUCAGCGGCAGCACAUUGAUCAAACAGUCCGCGGCUGGGCGCAUGCUCAGCGCGUACGGUUCGGUGUUCUUGGAUGCAGAGCAGGCGGACGUCAGUAACAUUAACGCUGCCAAGAUGCUACUGCUGGAAGUUAAUAAAUCCCUGAAAGCAAGCAACAUCAACGCCAAACUGGCACAGUUAACUUCGAAAUCAGACAGCGUUUGUAUGUCUGGCGCAAAAGCCGAUUCUGUGUUAGUGUCAGGUGUGACGGUACAUGCGCAGGAUGUGGAUGCAGAACAUUUACAAGCAACAGCACAGAGCGACGUCAACCUUGCUGGCGUGAAAGGAAGAGAGAUUAUGGCGUCUUCCAAGGAAGGCUCAGUUAGCGCCACCGGCGUCAAAGCGAAAACCCUACAGGCUGACGCAAAGCUGGGUGCUGUUUCCGCGUCAAAAGUGGAUGUUGACAGCUUGAUCGCAGAAGCCAAGAAUGAUGUCACCCUCGCAAAUGUCAAAGCGAAGGAUAUGGGCGCAAAAAGCCAUGAACAAGCAGUACGUCUUACCGGCAAGGUUGCUACUGACAAGGCUACUUUAUCUGGUGCAUCCACGGUGCAGCUGGAAUAUGCUGACGGCAGUGCGGAUCACGAGUUUGGUUCGUUGAAACUGGAGACCAAGAGAAUGCAAAAGGACGAGCUGUUUAAACUGCUGCACGGCAGUGGCGCGUUUGCAGCGAUGAAGAUUUCGGAUAAACUCGAUUUAGCCGUUACGGACCAAGCAAUUAUUCUUGGGUCGAUCAAUAAACCGUACGACCUCAGUGUCACAGGUGAGAUUAGGAAAACAUUAAGGCUCCUUUCAGGAAAACAGUCUUUUUAG